AUGGAAAGAGGCUCAUCAACAUCUUCAGAACAAGAAGUAGACGGCCUUGGCCAGGUCAACGAGCAUACCGAGGGUGCCGAGUUUUACGGACCCACGGGGACAUUUUACUUUCUCGCCCGGCUUCGCUCUCGGGCGAACACACAGAAACAACCGGAAGUCGGCACGCACCGGAAGCAGAGCUCCAUCGUAAAUCUCCUGCAUAGUUCAGACUACUCGACGCCCCCGGACUCUCGAAUCCUCGGUCAGAACCAGUUCGCAAAGGCAAGUCCGCAGAGCAAUGGCGGCAGAAGGGAGUCGUAUCAGCAAGGCGUUGUUGCCGAUGUCGUCCUUAGCGCGGUGGAUGCCGCGUUUGCGACGGAGCUUGAGCGGGAAUGUGUUCGCCUGUACUUCCAAAACCUGCACAACAUCCACCCAAUCCUCGAACAGAUGACCUUUCUCAAGAGAUGUCUCUUUACUCACACGAGAUGUCGAAUACAUGUUGCUAAUACCACAAUGAAGCAUUUCCCCAACUCGGCGUAUUGUCUGAUCAAUCCCAUGGUUGACUUGGCCAAGAUUCUCAUGUGGAUGACGGACAACUUGGGUCUGCACAGUAGUCACACAUCCUUCCAACGACUGUCGCAGACUGCGCUCAACCUGGACAGGGAGUUGGAUGACUGGAAGUCUGGGCUGCCGAGACAGCUCAGAUUUGACACAUCAUCAUUGGAAGACAGCGAAUUCGCCAUGAAGCAAAAGACCGUUCUCAAGCUACGUAUGCUUCGCCGGCCCAUCAUGCCAAUUCACUAG